UGAGCUUUUCUUAAUCAGACGAUACAACUAGAAUUAAGAAAGGUCGAGGAAAAACUAGGGGUAAAGGUCUCGAGAAGUUGAAGUCGUCUUUGGGAAAAAAGAUGGUGAUUGAGAUCCCAGUUGGUAAAGGGAGGCCAGUUGAGGCAGUUCAAUCAGGAAAACCCUCAAAUGAGUUAGGCAUCAUUGCACGGAAUUUUCUUACGCUUCCGAACAAGUGGAAGGAACUCACAGUAGAGGAAAAAGAUGCUGCGCUGAUUAGAUGCCACGAGAAGUUUGAAAUUAAUUUGGACGAGCAUUAUGUCAAAGAUAGUUGUGAGGAUAUCCUCAAAAAUAGAAGUCGGCAGUGGCGCUAUAAAUUAAAAAGGAAGUUUGAAAGUGCAAACUCCGUGGAAGAUGCUCGUAAAAUUGAAGGUUCGGAAUUGACCCAGAAAACUGGAAUACACUUUGUGACAUGUGGUCAAGUCCAGAGCAUAAGGUGAUCGAUCCAUAUUCAAAUAAAUAUACACUUCAUUUGUUUCAUUGCUAUUUAAUUUACUUAUAUUUAUAUUGUCUUUGUAGAAACGAUGUCAGGUAAACAAGGUCAAUCGAUCAAAACUUAAAUAUAAUCAUUUCAUGGGGUCAAAAGCAUUUGCAACUGCUCG